AUCAUGCAUGGAGACUGUCAUUGAAACAAGUGCUCAGAACACUCGAUAGAUUCUCCCAAUCUAUUAAAAGUCACGCAUUAAAAAAAAAAUAAAAACACGAGAAAACAUUUUUUAGCUUAAAGGUUUAGCUCUGACAGCUGUUUAGAACAGAUCUUUGAUUGCGAAACCCACAAUUGAUUUCAGCUCUAUUGCAUUAGGUUUUAGAACAAUAGGAUUACAAUUGUUUUUUUUUUUGUGUGUGUGUGUUUAUAUAUGAAAAACACUGUGCUUAACGAACACAAUGUUUUUACAAAAGAUACAGGUCAUUGUGUGCAUGUAGAAACAAGAUGCUAAGUAGGUACGCUGUGAAGAAAAGACCUGAUGUGACUGGGAUCCGUUUUGGAUUUCGCAUUAAAAAAGGAGUUAGAAAGCUGCUGUCAGACAUAAAACAGCAGAUUUAUUUUCCAAAUUGUUGCCCAGCGGCCCAUUUUUCCAGGAAAAUGUGUUAAAGGAGAAUUUCAAUGGAAGUCAAAACUUUAUUAUUUCAUGCAUAUGAAUGGUCAAAAUGGGUGUGUGAGCUUUUUGAAUUAUGUCAUCUAUUGUGGUUUGUGAUUUGAAUGAAAUCACUUUUGUAAAUCAAACUGCUCUAAUCGGUGAAUAUGUGACAUCAUACCCCACCUUGUUAUGCGAGUCCCUGCCCAAUUUGUGCUUCCUACACACUCACUCGCCUUUGGCCAAUCUGUGCCAAGAAUGUAAAUUCAAAUAUUUAAUAUUCGGCUGUAGGGGUGUGUAUUACCUCAUACCUGGCAAUAUGAUUCGUAUCACGAUUCACAGGUCACAAUUCGAUUUAAUCCCAAUACUACACAUUAAGAUGAUUAUUGCAAUAUUUGUAAAUCACGUUAGAAUAAACAAAUCAAAAUGGACACAAGUGCAUUUAUAUCAAUUUAUUCCUGAAACCUCAUCCAACACUCUAGUAAAAUGUUUUUUGUUUUAAGUUUGAACAACAUUUGGCUUUCAUUAUAACAUUUUCUAUUUAUGUUUGAACAACAUUUGGCUUUCAUUAUAACAUUUUCUCUUUUUUUUUUUUUUUUUUUUAGUGCAAACCUGCUUCAGUCCAAACCUGCUUAAAUACAGGAUUCUAAAUACUCCAUGCCUGUUUUUGCAGUCAAAGCCAAAAUGAGCGUAAAUGUCAGACUCAUAAAGGGACUUUGAUGAAAUAAUGGAAACAUCUUUAAAAAUCAAAAACUAAUUUAAUUUGGCGUAGGUCUGCCUCUUGCGGCAAUUACACCCUCCAUCCUCUGAGGUAUUCAUUCAUACAACUUAUGAAUUGUUUCCAAAGGAAUUUAAACCAUUGUUCAGUUAGAAUACCCUCUAACUCUUUUAGAGAUGAUUGGUGGAAAUCGACUCUUAAUCUUUAUUGAAUCUCCAAAACUGACCAUAAAUGCUCAAUAAUGUUGAGGUCUGGGGAUUGUGCCGGCCAUACGAGAUGCUCAACUUCAUUGGAAUGUUCUACAUUACAUGCCAUUCUUUAACAAUUUUGAAGCCAAAAUGUUAGGUGUUUCCAUUAUUUUGUCCAACCUCUGUACACAAUCUCUACUCGGAUUAGUCUAAUGUUGUUACUUCAGCACACUGCGAGGCAAUGCUGCUGCGCACUGCCAUCUACUGGACAGGAGUAGAAGUUCAGCUACUGAAUUGUUUAUUUCCACCAAAAACACGUUUAAGGAUCGAUCCAAACGUGUUUUGAAUCGAUACGAGAAUUGUGCGAUGUAAUAGCGCGUUAUAUCACAGAAUCAAUUUUUUUUUUCAACACCCCUUUUUUGGCUGUUUGCAAAGGCAGGCAUAAAGGACAUUCUGGGCAUUUGCAAUGCAAGUUGUCUUGCAAACCUGAUAAAAUGACAUCAAAUUUUGAUUUUAAAAAAAUAAUAAUGAAAAAAUUAAAACAACAAACAUAGAUAGUCACCCUACGACAGGGAUGUCCAAACCUUUUUCUCUGAGGGCCAGAAAAAACAAAGGAUGCAAUGGCCAACUUGAAAUCCUUCCACUUUCAUUUGUUAAAAGAAGAUUGGAAUCGGCUAAACAAAGAUUGGGUCUUAAAACAUAUAGUUGGAUGGCUGGCAGCCCCCCUGUCAAAUUGGAUUGGACGUCUAUCACCGUCAAUAGCAGUGAAACAUGAGCACUCGAUGCCAGCCUUCCCAGUUGAAAUGGAUUUCCUGAAUGAGAUUAAUUUUGUUACGUAAAACAAAAUGAUGAAAUUCUGCAGUUUCCUCCAAUGAUUUCAACACGUCAGUUUCUAAAGCCUUGAUUGGAGAGACACUCUUUACGUGACUAGCUCCAUCUCGUGUCAAAGCUGAGAGUUCUAACAGAAUGUAGACUGAAUUUAAGCUUCUUGCGCAGGCCUUGUUCAAUGCUAUUUUCAUAAUUUGCUGUGGGCCAAUAAAAACUAGGUAGCAGGUCGCAGUUGGCCCUUGAACUGUAGUUUGGGCACACUUGCCUUUAGAAUGUAUAAAUAAUAAGGUAGUAAAUAACUGCAUGUGGCCACUAAAUGAGGAAAUACUGUGCUCACUCCGUUUGGUUUUGAGUGAUUUUAAUGUUCGUUGACCUUGCAGAGUUUUUAUAAGAGGCAGUGAUGUAGUGACCCGGAUGUUUUGUGCCUUACUUCUCUCUGCCUUACGUGAACACAUCAGGGAAAGGGUAUAUUUGUUUUAUACUGUGUCUCACAGCAAUACACAAUGGAUGCACUCAGUAUCAGAAAGGACUCCUGAUGAGCUUGAUCAACUUGUUCCUGAAUGUUGCCAUGGAGAAAUGUGCAAAUUAAAACCAAAAUGUUGAAUGGAACUUUUGUUGCACUUGUUUUUCAUAUUUUCGUGGUGUGAAAAGUCCCCCUUGUCCUUUCUUUGCCCAUUGUAUUACUGUGAUUUGUCCCCUGGACAAGCGUUCAUUACGUGUAAUGGGAAGAGGUUUUAAUCAAUACUUUCCAGCGGUCUGUGGUCAAUAAAUAAAUCAAUAAAGCAAAUGUGACGGAUGCAAAAGGGAGGAUGAGUCCGCUUGUGUUACCAAGGGUUUUCACAUGGUUUUGUUUGAUGGAAACAACGCACGAAACCUUUGGACAAGAUGAGCAAUUCCGAGAUUCCGACAGGCCUGAAGGAGCUGCUGCAAGGAUACACGGUGGAGGUCCUUCGCAACAGGCCUGUGGACUUGGUGGAAUUCGCCGUGCGGCAUUUUACGCAAAUUCUGGAGAAUCAACGUAACGUCAAGCCUGCUAAGAAGAAUGCUGCCAAAGUGGCACGGAAGGGGGUCACCUUUGCAACAAGCUCUGAUGAGAGUGCCCAGGAUGGAAAAGAAGAAGUGGAGAAGGAGCCUGUUAAAAACACCACUGGUAAAUACAUCCGCAGAGUUUCAGUUUGCGCAGAGGCCUACAACCCAGACGACGAUGAGGAUGACGACACCGAGCCUCGAGUUGUCCAUCCCAAAACGGACGAGCAACGUCACAGGCUCCAGGAUGCCUGCAAAGACAUCCUUCUUUUUAAAACACUGGAGCAGGAACAGUUCUCUGAGGUGUUGGACGCCAUGUUCGAGGUGCAGGUCAAACCUCAAGAACACAUCAUAGACCAAGGAGAUGAUGGAGAUAAUUUCUAUGUCAUAGAGAGGGGUGUUUACGAUAUACUGGUGGCAAAGAAUGGUGUGAGCAUGUGUGUGGGAAAGUAUGACAACAAGGGCAGUUUUGGCGAACUGGCUCUCAUGUACAACACGCCACGAGCUGCCACCAUCGUGGCAACACAGGAAGGCGCCCUGUGGGGUCUGGACCGAGCCACCUUCCAUAGGCUCAUUGUGAAAAAUAACGCUAAGAAGAGGAGGAUGUAUGAGGCAUUUGUUGAAUGUGUUCCUCUUCUCAAGUCUCUGGAGCCCUCAGAGAGAAUGAAGAUUGUGGAUGUUUUGGGAGCACGAUGCUUCAAAGAUGGAGAGCGUAUUAUAACCCAGGGAGACACUGCUGAUUGUUUUUACAUCGUGGAAUCAGGACAAGUCAGGAUCAUGAUCAAAAUCAAAAUGAAGGCAGACCAGCAGGACAACACGGAGGUCGAGGUGGCCCGUUGCUCUCGAGGACAAUACUUUGGGGAGCUUGCACUCGUCACUAACAAACCUCGUGCGGCCUCCGUCUACGCCAUUGGAGAAACCAAAUGUCUAGUGAUUGACAUCCAAGCGUUUGAACGCUUGCUGGGCCCCUGUAAGGAGAUAAUGAAGAGGAACAUCUCCCAGUAUGAAGACCAGCUUGUAGCAUUGUUUGGCUCUAGUGUGGAUUUAAAACAAUAGCAUAUUUUGUGUGUAUAUUUUACCAUAUACAACUCAGAAAUGCCGCUUAGAAAUAACUUGUGGCCUGUAGAAAUAUUAUCCUGACAGAUUUUUGGCUAUUAUUACUCUCAGUAACGUACACAAAUGCUUUAUUACAAAACAAUUUUCCUUAUAUUUCAAGUUCGGUUAUAUAAUGAACUUGGGAGUCAAAUGACUAAAGUUGAAAUUUUCACUUGCCAGACCAAAAUACUACAUUGAAUUUAUACAAUGGCAUGAGUAUCUGAAGCUUUUGGAAUUUCACCCUCAAAUGUGAGAAGAUCUUUUUCAAAAUCACAUAGAUGGAAAAAAAAAAAAAUUUAACCAA